AUGAAGUGCGUGAUCGGGGGGGCGCAGCUCCGAGUGUUUGGAAGAGCAAUACAUGCCAUAGCACGGAUUAGUGAUGAAUUUUGGUUUGACCCCCUAGAAAAAGGUCUUGCCUUAAGAUCAGUGAAUUCCUCGAGGUCAGCAUAUGCCUGUGUGUUCUUCUCAUCCAUGUUUUUCCAGCAUUACUGCUGGACAGCUGGGACCCAGCCCUGUCAGAAGGAGAAGCAGCUUUCCCUCCCCUGUAAAUUGAUAAUUAAGUCAGUUCUCCCCGUGUUUAGAUGUGUCAAUGUGCUGGAGAGGAAUGUAGAGAAAUGCAGCAUCUGCAGCAGCCCCAGUGAGCAGCACGUCACCUUCCAGCUGCUCUGCAGGCACGGUGUUGUAAAAACCUACAACCUGACAUUUCAGGAGUGUGAUCCCUUGCAGGCUGUUUUUGCAAAGCACAUGUGUCCAAACAUUCUUAAAGUCCACUCCAGGCUGCUGGCUGAUGUGAUGAUCCACUUCCCAAGCAGUCAGGAAGAAAUAACCCUGUCAGUAACUCCAAUGAAAGUUUCUUUCAAGAGUUACACUGAGGAAGACACAGACUUUUCAAGGACAAUGCUUACUGAGAUACAGCUCAGUCCAGAGGAAUUUGACUACUUUCAAGUUGGAGUAGAUUCUGAAGUGACAUUUUGCCUUAAAGAACUGAGGGGGCUGCUGGCGUUCUCUGAAGCCACGAGCGUCCCUGUGUCCGUGCACUUCGACAGGAGUGGCAGACCCAUUGCUUUCAGCAUUGAGGACCUGCUGCUGGAGGCCAGCUUUAUCCUGGCUACCCUGUGUGAGGCUGAGAGGGAGGCAGCUUCCCCAGAGCCUGCCUGCUGCCCACGGCCCCGGGACAGCUCAAGGCCUGGCAUGGAUAAAUCUGACCAGAGCUCCAUGGAUGGAGCCAGCAAUGCAGUCACAGCCACUUCCAAAAAGCCACAGCAGAAGGGAAACACUCCAGGCAUGGACCCUGCAAAACCCCUCAGUGCUGUGGCAAAACAAGAGGUAAAAACCAUUCCCAGAGGCAGCGAGAGGGAUGAGCCAGGCAGAGCAGGAGCAGGAGAGGCCACAGAGGCUCCUCAGGCCAAGUUCCACUCCUUGUUCUUCGGAGCUGUCUCUUACAAGGACAAGGAGGCCAUUGGUGACACCUUCCAGAGUCUGGUGACAGCCAGUGACACUGAGGAGGAGCUGGGUGCCUUGCAGAGCUCCCCAGUUCUGUAGU